AUGAACACUUCAUUUUUGGAGAUUAGGCUUGGUGCUUCUUUGGAAGGUAACAACACUACCAGAAGGGCUUUUCCCAUAAGCAAGAGGUGCACUGUUUCUGUUAUCAAUGGUUGUUACCCAAUGAGGCAAGCUUUUAGGUUUUGUGUACAAAAUGUAGACUUGUUGAGGAAACACCAUGUUUCCGCAAGGGGGUGUAGGUUUAAAUGUUUCAAGGAAAAGGGACCAUCCUUUUCUUUCAGUGUGAGUUAUUUCACCCCAUUGUCGAAGGAGGGGCUUCUUUUGAUGAGGGCCUCUGUGUACACUGCUGUUAUAUCUGGUUUGUGUUUUUUGCUUUGGUUUGGAAGGAAUAAAGCCAAGGGGUUCGUUGAAGCCAAUAUCUUGCCUUCUGUUUGUUCAAUGAUCAGUGAGUCUAUUCAGCGUGAUGUUUGCUUUGGCAAGGUUACAAAAUUAUCGCCAUUGAGUGUGACAUUGGAGUCAUUUUCAUUAGGGCCACAUGAAGAGGAAUUAUCGUGUGGUGAGGCUCCCACUGUUAAGAUUCGUUUUCGCCUUCUUGCGAGUCUGUGGAGGGGGAAGCUUGUGUUUGAUGCAGUUUUGUCACAUGCGUGUGUCAUGGUGGUGCAGAAGAGGGACUAUAGUUGGUUAGGGAUACCAGUCUCUCAAGAGGGCAUUCAGAAGCGAUUGUCAACCGAAGAGGGACUUGAUCAUCGCACUCGGGUGAGGAGGGUUGCACGUGAGGAGGCCGCAGCAAAAUAUGCGAAAGAAAGGGAUGAUGCAGCCAGGGAAGCUUCAGAGAUGGGUUACUUUGUUUCUGAGAAGAAUUGUGGUCCAUCCAAGGAUAAUGAUGACUUAAGGGAGAUUGCAACUCAUUCAGCAGGAGGAACAGACUUCAAGGGGUUUUUCUGUAUGAAGGAGGUGGAGCAGCAUGGUCAUCGUUGUGUGGACACAGGUGUUGAUUAUGAUACGAAGCAUGGUGAUUUGGAGAAGGAUUUUUUGGUGAAAUUCCCUGGAAAAGGACUUAAGUUUUGGUCCAGAAUCAUUAAAGGGCAUAAAAAUCACAAGUGUAAACGGAAGGCUAAAAGGAGUGACAUCAGUGCAUCUGGUAUUGCUCUUAGAAACAGAAUUCUUGAACGUGGUGCAUUUGCCGCAAAUGCAUAUUUUCGCAGUCAAUCAUAUGGGCAGUUUGAGCGGCCUUCAUCAUCUUCUAAAGACCAUGAUAUGCAGUUGGUGAAAAGUGAUGUUGACAAAAAAGCUGCAUCUUUUAUCCGUGCUGAUGAUAAUAGAAACAGUGAUAAUCAGAAUGAUACGCAACUCAGAGGUCUGGGAAUCUGGUCUCCUUCGGCAAAUGAAAAUACUGGUCAUUCAAAUGAUUUAAAAUUUUCCAGUGAUCUUCCUUCAAAGACAAGGGAGAGUAAACAUGGAAAUUUACAAUCUAGUGAAAAAAUUGCAGAACAUGGCAAUGCAAAUAUUAGUACAGAGAAAGAGGAGGAGUUGGGACAUCAUGUUGCUCAAAGUCUAAUUGAUGGCUUUACUUCUUGUUUUAGAAACAUUAAGGAAUUGACAUCUUUCUUCCUGUCUGGUCCCAUUAAAAAGUUGAAGUCUGAAAUGGGUCUGAAAGUUGAAGAUAUUGUUUCAGAAAAUGUAGAUGGGUUAAAUGUUCUGCAGUCUGAAGGCUUUACUAAAAAUUUUCCUGUUACAUUUGAUUCUGUUCAUUUUAGAGGUGCAACUGUCAUGCUACUUACAUAUGGUGACAGGGAAGUUAGGGUAAUGGAGAAUGUCAAUGGCCAUAUGAAGUUUCAUAACAACUACAACCGAAUAAAGUUAAAACUGAGUGGAAAUUGUAAGACUUGGAGAUCAGAUGAUCUAAGUGAAGGUGAUGGCUGGUUGUCUGUUGAUGUUUUUGUUGACAUUAUUGAACAGAAAUGGCAUGCAAAUUUGAAAAUUAACCAUUUUUUUGUCCCGCUGUUUGAAAGGAUACUAGAUAUUCCAAUUACAUGGUCUAAAGGGAGGGCCAGUGGUGAGGUUCACUUGUGCAUGUCAAAGGGUGAAGCUUUUCUAAAUCUUCACGGGCAGCUUGACGUAACAGGGUUGAACUUCCAACUAUCAAAUGCUCCAUCUUGUUUUUCUAACGCAUCAGGAAGUUUAUGUUUUCGUGGCCAAAGUAUAUUUUUACAUAAUGCAAGUGGCUGGUUUGGCAGCAUUCCUCUUGACGCAUCUGGAGAGUUUGGCAUUCAUCCUGAGGAAGGAGAAUAUCAUCUUAUGUGUCAGGUUCCUAGUGUUGAAGUGAAUGCUCUGAUGAGAACUUUCAAUAUGAGAUCUCUCCUGUUUCCACGUGGUGCCACUCUAGCAGGAUCAAUGACUGCUCUAUUUAAUUGUCAAGGCCCACUGGAUGCUCCUAUUUUUGUGGGAACUGGAAUGUUUUCUAGGAUAUUCUCUUCUUUUCAUCUGGAUGCUCCUAGAACUGAAGCAUCUGAAGCACUUGGCAAAAGUAAAGAAGGUGGAGCAUUAGCAGCAUUUGAUCGUAUUGCUGAUUUGUAUGGAGUUAGGGCAAGUCUUGUAGAUGGUGGUGAAAUUCGAGGGGCUGGGACAGUAUGGAUAUGCUCAGAGGCUGUGGAUGACGAGACAGCAAUAGAUGCAAACUUCUCUGGAAGUUUGAACCUUGAAAAAAUUAUGCUUCGCUAUAUUCCCACUUAUCAUCAUUUGAUGCCACUCAAACUCGGAGUUUUAAAUGAGAACACAAAACUUUCAGGAUCUCUUAUUAGACCGAGGUUUGAUAUAAAAUGGACUGCACCGUCAGCAGAAGGGUCGUUUAGUGAUGCUAGAGGAGAUAUCAUAAUCUCCGAUGAUUUCAUCAGUACUAAAUUUGCUUCAGCUGCAUUUGUUUUGAAUAUGAAAGUUCAAACAUCUUAUUCUGAUAAUUUCCCUCUUAAAAGAGAAGGGUUUAAUGCACCAAGAGCCCUUCCAUUUACUGUUGGUGGAGUUGAUUUUGAUUUGCACGUGCAUGGAUUUGAAUUCUUUAGUUUGGUUACUCCUUAUACGUUGGAUUUUCCAAGACCUUCGAUUUUGAAAGCAACAGGAAGUUUCAAGUUUCAGGGAAAGGUAAAACCUAGUACCACUAUUAUUGAACAAAGUGAUGAGAAGAACAAGAAGCAUAUGAAUAUGUUGGAGAAAGGAAGUGCAGAUAGUCUUGUUGGUGAGGCUUCAAUCUCUGGUCUCAAAUUGAAUGCCUAUGGUGGGUCUGAUGAAAGUCUUGUGGUGGAUUUUGUUGGGCCACUACAGCUCAGUGGUAAAAGUGGUCUGAAAAGUGGACAAUUGUUGUUUAUUUCCCUUCAUAAGGGGAAAUUGAUGGCUAAUGUAGAUUUUCGACCGUGUCAUUCAGCUAGCUUAGAGGUAUGGCAUUUUCCACUUGAUGAGCUGGAGCUUGCUUCUCUCAGGGGAACUAUACAGAGGGCAGAAAUCCAGCUUAAUCUUCAAAAAAGGAGAGGACAUGGAAUGAUAUCUGUUCAUCGGCCAAAAUUCAGUGGGGUGCAUGGUGAAGGACUGGAUGUGGUAGCUAGGUGGAGUGGAGAUGUUAUCACGAUUGAAAAAGCUAUUUUGGAACAAAGCCACAGUCAUUAUGAAAUGCAAGGUGAAUAUGUAUUACCUGGUGCCCGAGACUGUAAUCCUGUUGACACAAAAGGAGAUGGCAUUUUAGAAAGGUUCUUGUCUGAGCAUGUUGGUAGUGUUAUAUCUUCGAUGGGUAGGUGGAGAACGAAACUUGAAGUUCCCAGAGCUGAUAUUGCUGAGAUGCUUCCCCUUGCAAGACUUCUAUCUCGAAGUAUGGAUCCUGCUGUUCUCUCAAGAUCAAAGGAUUUUUUUAUUCAAAGUUUACAGUCAACGGGAUUAUAUUCUAUGAGCACUCAAGAACUGCUUGAGGAGCUUCAUGUUCCAUCAAAUAAUGUUCUUGAGGAUUUGAGCCUUCCUGGUUUACUUGAACUCAAAGGUUGUUGGCAUGGUUCCCUCAAUGCCAGUGGUGGAGGGAAUGGAGACACCCUGGCAGAAUUUGACUUUCACGGUGAGAAUUGGGAGUGGGGAGAAUACAGAACUCAGCGGGUCUCAGCAGUUGGUACUUAUAGUAAUGAUGAUGGUAUACACCUGAAGAAUUUUUUGGUUGAGAAGGAUAAUGCUACAAUUCAUGCUAAUGGAACUUUAUUAGGACCUAAAACCAACCUUCAUUUUGCUGUCUUAAAUUUUCCUGUUAGUUUGAUACCGACAUUAGUUCAGAUCAUCAACUCUACAGCAAAGAAUGCUGUUCAUUCUCUGCGGCAAUUGUUAGCACCCAUUAAGGGGAUCUUGCAUAUGGAAGGAGAUCUUAGAGGAAGUUUAGAAAAACCAGAAUGUGAUGCUCAAAUUAGGCUCCUUAAUGGUGCAAUUGGUGGAAUUGUUCUUGAACGAGCAGAAGUUGUUGCCUCUCUAACCCCAACUAGUCGUUUUCUAUUCAAUGCAAAAUUUGAACCUUCGAUCCAGAAUGGUCAUGUACUAAUUCAAGGAUCUAUUCCUAUUAAUUUUUUUCAAAGUAAAAUGUUACACCAAGAUGUACAAUUAGAAAAGAGUAGGGAUACUUGGGUUCCUGAACGGAUGAAAAAGAACAUGGGGACCACAACCACUUAUCAUGCCAGGGACAAAAAUGUUUCUUGGCAUAGAAAUGAAGGUUGGAAUAUUCAAUUAGCAGAAAGGCUUAAAAGUUUGAAUUGGCAAAUUUUAGAUGUUAGAGAAGUCAGGGUGGAUGUUGAUAUAAAAGAUGGGGGAAUGAUGCUGGUAACUGCUUCAACCCCUUAUGCCAAUUGGCUUCAUGGCAAAGCUGAUAUCAUGCUUGAGGCCAGAGGUACAGUUGAUCAACCAGUACUUAAUGGAUAUGCAUCAUUCCGUAGGGCAUCUAUAUCUUCACCGGUUUUCCUAAAUUCACUGACCAACUUUGGUGGAACUGUGCACAUGAAAUCAAACAGGUUAUCCAUCACCUCACUAGAGAGUAGGCUAGGCAGAAAAGGGAAGCUGCUUGUGAAAGGAAACCUUCCUCUCAGAACUAAGGAAACAGCCCUUGAUGACAAGAUCGAGUUUAAGUGUGAAGUUCUAGAAGUCAACUCCCAGGUGCAAAUAACUGGUUCCAUAUUGCAACCUAACAUUUCUGGAAAUAUUAAACUUAGUCAUGGGGAAGUAUAUUUGUCGCAUGAUAAGGGUGAUGCUUCUUCUAAUAGAUUCCCAUCAUAUCGAUCUGCACUUCCUGGUGGUGGCAUUGAUAAAUCAUUUGCUUCAAGAUAUAUUUCGCAGUAUGUUGGCUCAGAAUCUGCUUCUCCGAUGGCCAAAAUUUCUCAAACUUCUGGCUCUGUCAACGAGUCAACUCAGGUGGAAAAGGAUACGGAGGAAGUGCAUACAAAACCAAAUGUAGGAAUCUGCCUUAGUGAUUUGAAGCUUUUGCUUGGACCAGAGCUGAAGAUAGUUUAUCCUUUGAUUCUUAAUUUUGCCAUUAGUGGAGAGCUUGAGUUGAAUGGUCUUGCCCAUCCCAAAUGUAUAAAGCCUAGGGGCAAACUCGUAUUUGAGAAUGGUGAAGUUGAUCUAGUUGCAACACAGGUGAGGUUAAAACGGGAGCAUCUCAAUAUUGCAAGGUUUGAACCUGAUUAUGGACUAGAUCCAAUGCUAGAUUUAAUUUUGGUUGGAUCUGAGAGGCAAUAUAGAAUUCACCGUCGAGCAAGCAAUUGGCAGGACUUUGAAGAGGAUACAUUGUCACCAAUUGAGGUUGCCAGAAGACUUGAUAGUCGGUUAGCAGAAUCCAUGUUGGAAAGCAAUGGUCAACCUGCCUUUGAUAAACUUGCAACUGCUACUCUUGAGAAACUAAUGCCACGAAUAGAAGGGAUGCGUGAGUUUGGCCAGGCUAGGUUGAAGUGGGUUUACGCCCCUAGGAUUCCUAGUUUGGUUUCUGGUGCUACAUUGGAUCCUUUCACUUUACUUGCUCAUAAUUUAACAUUUGGUACUGACAUCGAAGUCCAGCUCGGGAAACGUAUUCAGGCCAGAAUCGUCAGGCAAAUGAAGGAAUCACAGAUGGAAAUGGAAUGGACCUUGACCUAUCAACUAAGAAAUCGUUUGCAUCUGUGCCUAAAGCACGGUUCAUCGAAAUGCUUACUUUUUGAAUAUUCUGCUACAUUCCAGGAUUAA